CGUCUCAAAAAUUUGAAUUUGGACGCAGAGCGAAUCCCCUUCCCUAUAAUUAAAUUGCUGUGAUGCUUUUCUGCAUUUAUUCAAAUUCAAACGGUCUCCAUUCCCCCCCCUCACCUGCCCUCCCACAACAUUUCAACGGCAACCACAUUUCCUUCCUCCGCCGAUUGGAUUUCAAACAGCUCGCAUACGUACACUGGAUUUGGACGUUUUUUGCGGUUAGAGUUUUGGUUGCCGACGAAGCGAGAUGGAGAAUUCGGAUUCCAAGGAUGCUUCCCAGUCCGUCAGAGUGGCUGUGAACAUCAGGCCGCUGCUUACUGCGGAGCUUCUCCUUGGCUGCACUGAUUGCAUGACCGUACUGCCUGCCGAAAAACAGGUCCUGAUUGGGUCUCAUACAUUCACAUUCGAUCAUGUUUUUGGAGGUGCGGGUUGCCCAUCAUCCCGUAUAUUUGACGACUGUGUUCUCACCCUAGUUGAGUCAUUGUUUCAAGGAUAUAAUGGCACAGUACUUGCGUAUGGACAGACAGGUUCCGGGAAGACCUAUACAAUGGGAACAAACUAUAAUGGAUCAGACCACAGUGAAGGAGUCAUACCUAGAGUUAUGGAAACCAUAUUCUCUAGGGUGAAUGAACUGAAGGAUUCAAUGGAGUGUCUAAUUAGGGUUUCUUUUAUUGAGAUCUUUAAAGAGGAGGUUUUUGAUUUGCUAGAUCAAAACACACCAGCACCCUGCAAAGGUGAAGGGGCAUCACAGGCAAGGGUUGCAGUGCACGCCAGAGCUCCCAUUCAUAUUAGAGAAACUGCUGUUGGGGGGAUUGCACUUGCUGGUGUUACCGAAGCAGAAGUCAAAACAAAAGAAGAGAUGGCUUCUUACCUUUUAAGAGGGGCUGUGUCUCGUGCCACAGCAAGCACAAACAUGAAUAGCCAGUCAAGUCGCUCACAUGCAAUUUUUACCAUCCACAUGGUACAAAAGAGAAUAUGUAAUAACUCAAGUCAAGGAGCACCUGAUGAUGCUAGUGGUGAUGAUAUUUUGUGUGCAAAACUUCACUUAGUUGACCUUGCUGGUUCUGAGAGGGCCAAGCGAACUGGAGCAGAUGGAAUCCGUUUACAGGAAGGAAUCCAUAUCAACAAAGGGCUACUUGCUUUGGGAAAUGUAAUUAGUGCCCUAGGUGAUGACAAAAAACGAAAAGAAUGUGCUCACAUUCCAUACAGGGACAGCAAGCUGACCCGUCUUUUACAAGAUUCCCUUGGUGGAAACAGUAGAACUGUUAUGAUUGCUUGCGUAAGUCCUGCGGACACUAAUACAGAGGAAACUAUCAAUACAUUGAAGUAUGCCAAUCGGGCUCGUAACAUUCAGAACAAAGCAAUUGUUAAUCGGGACCCUGCGGCUGCUCAGAUGCAAAAAAUGAAGAGUGAGAUUCAGCAAUUGCAGGCUGAGCUUCUUUGCUUACGUGGAGAUUCCAACGUGCCAUCUGAAGAACUACAAAUUCUCAAGCACAAGAUAUCCUUGUUGGAAUCAAGCUAUGCGGCCUUACAACAAGAACUUUUGGAAUGCCAGGUUGAAAGGGAUAUGUUCAUGAUGAAGCUUGAACAAGCUGGCCUAGGUAACCAGUUGGGUAAUGCUGACCCAAAUUUUGAACAGAAUUUUGACAUGAUGAAGAAGUAUGCCUCCAAAAUUCAAGAAUUAGAAGGAGAUUUACAGCGUAUGAGGAGAUUAAACCAUUCUAGACAUACUGUUUCUGAUGACUAUCUUGGAUUGGAUGACGAGUCUCACUCGAAAGGGUCAGCUUCUGCCGAGUCUGAGUCUGACAUGGGAAUCAAAGAAUUGAAUGGUGGAGCAGAAGUUGAGGAGAAAGAGUUGGAACAUUCUUCUCUUCAAGAACAGCUUGAUAGGGAACUCAAAGAACUGGACAAAAGGCUUGAACAAAAAGAGGCGGAGAUGAAGAGAUAUACAGAUGUUGUUGACACCUCUGUUCUGAAGCAACAUUAUGAGAAGAAAGUUCAUGAGUUGGAACAAGAAAAAAAAUCAAUGCAGAAAGAAAUUGAGAAACUCAAACACAUACUUUCAAACUUAUCAUCCAACAGUGAUGAUAGUGCUCAAAAACUUAAAGAAGAGUAUAUUCAGAAGUUGAAUUUUCUUGAAUCUCAGGUUGCUGAGUUAAAGAAAAAACAAGAUGCCCAAUCUCAGAUCUUGAGACAGAAACAGAAGAGCGAUGAUGCUGCCAAACGCCUUCAGAGCGAGAUACAGCGAAUUAAGGCUCAAAAGGUUCAAUUGCAACAAACGAUAAAGCAAGAAUCUGAGCAAUUCAGGUCAUGGAAAGCAUCACGAGAGAAGGAAGUCCUUCAGCUAAAGAAGGAGGGGAGAAGAAAUGAAUACGAGAUGCUUAAGCUGCAGGCAUUUAAUCGGAGGCAAAAGAUGGUGUUGCAACGAAAAACAGAAGAAGCUGCAAAUGCUACUAGGCGGCUCAAAGAGUUGCUAGAAUCCCGUAAAAGAACACAUGUAUCUGGCAUCAGUAAUAAUAGUGUCCCUGGAAGCCAGGCAGUGAUGCAGGCAAUCGAGCACGAGCUUGAAGUCACGGUAAGGGUACAUGAAGUGCGGUCAGAGUAUGAGCGGCAAUCGGAAGAGCGAACUAAAAUGAUCAAGGAGUUGGAAGAGUUGAAGCAAACAAAUAUAAGCGAUUCCUCCCCACUGACAAUGUCUCCUGGUGCUAUAAGUUCAAGAAUUCGGGCACUUGAGAACAUGGUUGCCACUUCAUCAAGCGCCCUUAUUUCCAUGGGAGCACACUUAUCAGAUGCAGAAGAGAGUGCACAACGGGAACGAGCUUAUAGCGUCCGAGAACGGUUGAACCAUGUCAAAUCUCUCCCUGAAUCGAAAGUUAUAAUGAACUUUUUAUACGACUUGCUGUCAUCUUCUAGAUGCCAGAUGAGGGAUAGAGAAUUUGAUUGCAUAGAGAAAAAUUCAGAAAUAAGGGAUCUGAAGAAAAAAGUUGUCAGCUUAGUUGAACAGCUAGAAUCACAAAAAACUGAAAGGAUCCGCCUGGAGAAAUUGUUGAAAGCAUUUUCGAAGAACCAGGCCAGUUCUGAACCGUGCAGGCUCUCAGAAAUUGGGAAAGGAGGUCAUAUUUAUGACCUCAGACCAAAGGGAAGUCGUGGGUCGUUCAUUUCCCAUGGUGGCGGGCUGUUGGAAGAAGACGACAUGGACACAUCAGAUACGGACAAUGAAAAGUCAGAAGAGGGUGGGCAUAAACUGCAACAUGGUGGUGGGGGUGGUGAGGGUAGUGACGGCGGCAAUGCAUUGCCGUGCUGUUCAUGCAGUCGCAAGUCAUCAUGCACAGCACGAAGGUGGUGCGAGUGUCGUGCCGCAGGACGGCACUGUCUUGUGUCAUGUGGGGCCAGUUGGUGCAGUAACCAUGAAAAACUGCAACUGCCUUCUUCGAAUCAAGCAGUUGGUGGGGUUGAAGAAUCUGAGAGUGAACAGAAGGAUUCUACUACUUUGGCUUCUCAUGGUGCCAUGUUGCUCCAAACGGCGUUCUCUGAUAAGUCAGCCGAGCCCAAGCACGAGGACCCAGCAGCGGAGUCUAUCAGAAGAAAGCCCCUCUCUGAUAUCGGAAAUACUCUGGUAAAACCCAACGUGCCAAAACCGC